UUUGUAACCCUCGUAGCCCCGCCCACUUGAGUUAUGCGGAAGAUAAAAGGAGCAAGCAGCCGACUUUUCGUGAGAUGACAAAAGUUUAACAGCAAUGACAACGCGAUUAAAUUAACAUCCUCGGUAGACAGCAAAACUAGUGCUCAAGUCGCCACGAAGACUCCUUUGUGGUUCCGGCAGACAGCUAGCUAGCUGCUGCGGUUAGCCGUUUUGCUAACUUUUAACAGCUGCUUUUAUUGCGCAAGUCUGCUGCGUCCCAGACCGCCGCUGGAGCUUUCGCCAUGGGAUCCAGAGCUUCUACGUUGCUCCGGGAAGAGGAGAUCGAAGAAAUUAAGAAGGAGACUGGCUUCUCCCACAGUCAGAUCACCCGUCUGUACAGCCGCUUCACCAGUCUGGAUAAAGGAGAGAAUGGCACCCUCAGUCGAGAAGAUUUCCAGAGGAUUCCAGAGUUGGCCAUCAAUCCUUUGGGAGAUCGCAUCAUCAAUGCCUUCUUCCCUGAAGGCGAGGAUCAGGUGAACUUCCGAGGCUUCAUGCGGACCCUGGCCCACUUCCGGCCCAUCGAGGACAGCGAGAAGAACAAGAACCCUGCCGCCAGUGAACCGCUCAACAGCAGAACAAACAAGCUGCUCUUUGCUUUCCGUCUGUACGACCUGGACAGAGACGACAAGAUCUCACGAGACGAGCUGCUGCAGGUGUUGAGGAUGAUGGUGGGCGUGAACAUCUCGGACGAGCAGCUAGGCAGCAUUGCCGACAGGACCAUCCAGGAAGCCGACACCAACGGAGAUAACUCCAUUUCCUUCACCGAGUUCAUCAAGGUCCUGGAGAAAGUGGACGUGGAGCAGAAAAUGAGCAUCCGCUUCCUGCACUGAGUGACUUUAUCAUCAUUUAGGAAAUCAUCAAUAUCUCCUAACCCCCUUACUCCUUCUCUUCCUUUGCCGAGUGGUCAGCAGGUGACUGUGGUCCUCACCUCCCAGCAGACCCCAAUGCACGUGCCUUGUUUUUCUUCUUAUUUAUCAGCAGCCACUGAAAAAAAGAUGGAAGUGCACGCUACAUGCACACAUGCUAUCUAUCAAUAUCGCAUGCUGCUCUACUAUACUACAGUAUAGGAUUCCACUGAAACACAUAGAUAGCUUCUCCUUGUUUGACGUUUGUUUGCCAGUAGCCGUUUCAGAGCAGCUUGAGUACCACCAUUUGCUUUUCAUGUCUGGACUUGAUAACGUAGACAAACAAAGCGGUAUGAAGGAACGCCAGCCGACUGCUGUCACUUUAAAUAUCAGUGUAUGUGCUCCUGAUGGAUUGGCAAUGUGGACCAGCUAGGAUAACAUGCUGAGUUUGUGUGCUUUUUUUUUUUUUAAUGAUCAACCUCACCUCUUAGAAAGCAUUGUGUGUAAUGCAGCAUAUUGUAAUGUACAGAUGAAUAUAAUAAGGAAGUAGUGUAGAUGUGUGACUAAUGUGGGUUAAUAAGGAAACAGGAAGUACAACCUUUGACCAUUUUGAUUUUGAGGUCAUAUUCUUUGCUAGUGUUUUGUCAAACACCAUUGCACAGAUUUAUUCCAAUAAAAAUCAGGUGCCAUCUUU